AUGAUGAUUAUCAGUGAGAGUUUCGACAAUAUCUAUCUCAACCUCUCGAGGGAGUCGGGAAAAUGCAGGUUCGCCGAGAACGGUCUCGGCUGGAAGCCUGCUGGCGGCGGUGAUGCUUUCACUCUCGACCAAAGCAACAUCGGCGGCGCAAACUGGAGCCGAGCAGCAAAAGGUUACCAGCUCAAAAUUCUUCAGCGCAAUUCAGGUCUCAUUCAACUGGACGGUUUCCAACAAGAGGAUUACGAGCGGCUGAGCAAAAUUUUCAAAAACUGGUACAGCCACAACCUAGAAAACAAGGAACACUCGCUACGCGGCUGGAACUGGGGCAAGGCGGAAUUCGGCAAGGCGGAGCUCACUUUCAACGUUCAGAACCGGCCUUCGUUCGAGGUGCCGUACUCGGAGAUCUCAAACACGAACUUGGCGGGUCGCAACGAGAUUGCGGUCGAGUUUGGCGUGGACGGCGAGAAGGAGAAGAAGCCUACUGCGAGCAAAGACCAGCUCACCGAGAUCAGGUUCUACAUCCCCGGCACGACGACAAGAAAGGAGGCCGAGGGCGAAGACGCAGGCAGCGAUGCGGACGAGGAGGAGAAGAAUGCCGUCACGCUGUUUUACGAUACGCUGAUCGAGAAGGCGGACAUUGGCGAGACUGCCGGUGACACCAUCGCCACGUUUCUGGAUGUUCUGCAUCUCACGCCAAGAGGUCGCUUCGAUAUCGACAUGUACGAUUCAUCAUUUCGGUUGCGGGGCAAGACGUACGACUACAAGUUGCAGUACGAGUCGAUCAAGAAGUUCAUGGUUCUUCCAAAGCCUGAUGAGAUGCAUUUCCUCAUCUGUAUCGGCUUGGAUCCGCCUUUGCGCCAGGGCCAGACCCGCUACCCUUUCAUUGUGAUGCAGUUCAAGAGGGACGAGGAGGUUACGCUGGAUCUCAACCUGGCCGAGGAGGAGUUGAACGGAAAGUACAAAGACAAGCUCCAGGGCCACUAUGAGCAACCACUACACCAGGUUGUGACCUACAUCUUCAGGGGCUUGGCCAACAAGAAGAUAACGGCCCCGGCGAAGGGCUUCCAGACACAUCGUGGCCAGCUCGGCAUCAAAUGCGCCAUCAAGGCAAGCGAGGGAUUCCUGUACUGCCUGGAAAAGGCAUUCAUGUUCGUGCCGAAGCCGGCAACAUACAUCUCAUAUGAGCAGACGCAGUCCGUCACCUUUUCGCGUGUGGGCGGUGCAGUAUCGGCCACGCAGACAUUCGACAUUACGAUUCACAUGAAGGGUGGCGGCUCAUCGCAGUUCAGCAACAUUAACCGUGAGGACCUCAAGGCUCUCGAGACCUUUUUCCAGGCCAAGGAGCUGCGGGUUAAGAACGAGAUCGACGAGGAUGCCAACCUCUUGGCCGCUAUGCGCGACCAGGCGAUGGUCUCCUCGGACGACGAAGUGGGACCCAAGGCCGAUCGGGGCUCAGCUGACGAGGACGAGGAGAGUGUGGACGAGGACUUCCAGACCGAAUCGGAAAGUGACGUCGCUGAAGAGUACGACUCUGACCACGAGAGUUCGGGAACUGGCUCUGAUGAGGAGAGUGACGGAGGCAAGGGUGGCCGUGGUAAAGACGAUGACGACGACGAUGAGGAGGAGGAGGAGGAGUCGACAGAGAAGCCUCCUAAGAAGAAGAAGAAGACCUCGUAA